GAGCAGCCAAGAAGAGGGCAGCCAAGCCGGGCAGCCAGGCUCCUGAGAGGCCCUCCUUCCUUUCUCCCCCAGCAGAGCCUUCCUCAUGGCCCUGGACGACCUCUACACCCAGUAUAACAGAGUCUGGAUCCCUGAUAGUGAAGAAGUUUGGCAGUCUGCUGAAAUUACAGCAGACUAUAAGGUUGGAGACCACAUACUUCAUCUACAACUAGAAGACGGCAGGGAAUUGGAUUAUCCAGUUGACCCCAAGGCUUUGCCUCCUUUGCGAAAUCCUGACAUACUUGUUGGUGAAAAUGACCUCACGGCACUUAGUUAUCUUCAUGAGCCUGCUGUCCUACACAAUCUCAAAGUUCGUUUUGUGGAAUCCAGACUGAUCUAUACCUACAGUGGAAUAAUUUUAGUUGCAAUGAAUCCCUACAAACAGCUGCCUAUAUAUGGAGAUGCCAUUAUUCAUGCCUAUAGUGGCCAAAAUAUGGGAGAUAUGGAUCCACAUAUAUUUGCUGUGGCAGAAGAAGCUUACAAGCAGAUGGCAAGGAACAAUAAGAAUCAAUCUAUUAUAGUCAGUGGAGAAUCAGGAGCUGGGAAAACAGUUUCUGCUAGAUAUGCUAUGAGAUACUUUGCAACAGUCAGUAGGUCUACUAGCAACACGCAAGUGGAGGAUAAAGUGCUGGCAUCCAAUCCCAUAACAGAGGCUGUUGGUAAUGCUAAAACCACACGCAAUGACAACAGCAGUCGUUUUGGAAAGUAUACAGAAAUCAGUUUUGAUAAGAGGUAUCAGAUCAUUGGUGCAAAUAUGAGGACCUACUUGCUUGAGAAAUCCAGAGUUGUGUCUCAGUCGGAGAAUGAAAGAAAUUAUCAUAUAUUUUAUCAGUUGUGCUCCUCAGCUCUGAGACCAGAAUUUAAACAUCUUAAACUGGCAAGUGCUGAAGAAUUUAAUUAUACAAACAUGGGUGGAAACACUGUGAUUGAAGGAGUGGAUGACAGAGCAAAUAUGAUAGAAACUCAAAGGACAUUCACUCUUCUUGGUCUUAAGGAAGAUUUUCAGAUGGAUGUUUUUAAAAUACUGGCAGCUAUUCUUCAUUUAGGCAACAUGGAAAUAAUUGCUGUUGGUGAUGAAAGAUCGUCUGUUAGUGUGAAUGAUAAACAUCUCAAAAUAUUUUGUGAACUACUGGAUUUAGAAAGUGACAAACUGGCAAAAUGGUUGUGCCACAGAAAAAUUGUCACUACCUCAGAGACAGUAGUAAAACCAAUGACAAAACUCCAAGCUCUUAAUGCCCGUGAUGCUUUGGCAAAGAAGAUCUACGCUCAUCUUUUUGAUUUCAUUGUGGAACGAAUUAACAAGGCACUGCAUUUCAUUGGCAAACAGCACACAUUUAUUGGUGUGUUGGACAUCUAUGGAUUUGAAACUUUUGAUAUGAACAGCUUUGAACAAUUUUGCAUAAAUUAUGCCAAUGAAAAGCUACAGCAGCAAUUUAACCUGCAUGUCUUUAAACUUGAGCAAGAAGAAUAUAUGAAAGAAAAUAUCCCAUGGACUCUAAUUGACUUCUAUGACAAUCAACCUGUCAUUGAUCUCAUUGAAGCUAAAAUGGGCAUUUUGGAGCUACUGGAUGAAGAGUGCCUGUUGCCUCAAGGAGCAGAUGAAAAUUGGCUUCAGAAGUUAUAUAAUAAUUUUAUAAACAAGAACCCCCUCUUUGAGAAACCAAGAAUGUCAAAUUCUUCUUUUAUAAUCCAGCACUUUGCUGAUAAGGUAGAGUACAAAAGUGAAGGAUUUUUGGAAAAAAACAGAGACACAGUAUAUGAAGACUUGAUUGAAAUCUUGAAAAAUAGCAAGUUUCAACUAUGUGCAAACUUUUUCCAAGACAACCCCAUCCCUAUUUCACCAUUCAGCUCAGCGAUCCAGGUCAAGUCUGCAAAAAUAGUGAUCAAAUCACCAAAUAAACAGUUCCGUACCACAGUUGGCAACAAGUUCCGCAGUUCCUUAUACUUGUUAAUGGAGACGCUCAAUGCAACUACACCUCACUAUGUACGAUGCAUAAAGCCAAAUGAUCAGAAGUUAGCAUUUGAAUUUGAUGCCAAAAGAGUGGUUCAGCAAUUGCGAGCGUGCGGUGUUUUAGAAACAAUUAGGAUUAGCUCUCAGAGUUACCCAUCUAGAUGGACUUACAUUGAAUUUUACAGCCGCUACAGCAUUCUCAUGUCUCAACACGAACUCUCUCUAACAGAUAAGAAACAAAUUUGCAAGAUAGUGUUGCAACGACUGAUCCAGGAUCCAAGUCAGUACCAGUUUGGCAGGACAAAAAUAUUCUUCAGAGCAGGACAGGUUGCUUAUCUGGAAAAGUUAAGGUCAGAUAAGCUGAGGCAAGCAUGUAUCAUGAUUCAAAAAAAUAUGCGAGGCUGGCUGCAGCGAAAGAAAUUCCUCCGUAUCAGACAAGCAGCAGUUACAAUACAACAGUACUUCCGAGGACAACGUACUGUGAGACAAGCCAUAACAGCAGCUGCCUUAAAAGAAACAUGGGCAGCGAUUGUUAUCCAGAAACACUGCCGAGGAUAUUUAGUACGUAGACUUUGCCAACUCAUCCGCGUGGCUGCUUUGACAAUUCAAGCUUUUACACGAGGAUUCCUAGCAAGGAAGAAAUACAGAAAGAUGGUUGAAGAACAGAAGGCAUUGGUUCUGCAAAAAUAUGCCCGAGCUUGGCUUGCUAGACGCAGAUUCCAGAAUAUUCGCCGUUUCGUGCUGAACAUCCAGCUUUCAUACAGGGUGCAACGACUGCAGAAAAAACUGGAAGACCAGAAUAAAGAGAAUAAUGUCCUGUUGGAAAGGUUGACUACUCUUGCCUCAAAUCACUCCAGUGAUGUAGAAACUAUUCAGAAGCUUCAACUGGAUCUUGAAAAAUUAGCCACACAAAAGAAAAUGUCUGAAGAAAAAGGGAAGAAGCACAAGGAUGAAUAUGAACAGAGAGUCUCAAAACUUGAAAAUCACAAUUUAGAGUUACAGGAACAGAAGAAAAAACUAGAAAAGGAGCUUCAAGAGAAAACGGAGGAAAUGAAAGAGAAAAUGGAUCACCUAACAAAACAGCUCUUCGCUGAUGUCCAGAAAGAAGAAAAACAACGAAUACUGCUUGAGAAGAACUUCCAUAACCAGAAACAAGAGUACGAGAAAAAGAUUGAGUUGCUCAUGGCAGAAAUAAAAUCUCUCAAAAAUGAAAAUGACCAGCUUCAAAAUCAAAUCCGGGAAGAACAACAAAUUCAAGGCGGCUUAAAAAUGGAAGCAGAGGAACUUGCAAACCAAGCCAAGACAAUUCCUGAACUGCAAAAAGAAAUUGAACUAAUUCAAAUGCAAAAAAUGGACGUGGAGAAGCAACUGCAGCACCAGAAACGUGAAAUGAGAGAUAAAAUGUCAGAGAUUACAAGGCAACUUCGCGAGAGCUAUGACUUUGCAGGUGUAAGAAGCAGAUUGUCUACUGAAGAUUUGGAACAUUUAAAUGAAGAUGGGGAACUUUGGUUUGCAUAUGAAGGUUUGAAAAAAGCUACAAGAGUAUUAGAAAGCCAUUUCCAGUCUCAGAGAGAGAGCUAUGAAAGGGAGAUAGAAGGCCUCAGUUCUAAAGUAGAGCAUCUUAGUCAAGAAAUAACCCACUUACAGAAGCUGUUCAGAGAAGAGAAUGACAUAAAUGACAGUAUCCGACUCCAAGUCGCCAGGCUGACCUCAGAAAACAUGAUGAUUCCAGAUCUUAAACAGCAGAUUUCUGAGCUUCAGAAGCAGAAAAUGAACCUUGAAAGCCAUCUUCAGGAGGAAACUGCAAAUAAUAAAGAGAAAAUAGAAGAAAUGGCAAAUCUGUUGCAUCACAACAUGGAAAAAGAUGGAACAAAAAGGAGAGUACUACAAGUUCAAAACGAAAUAUACACUAAGGAAAAAGAAAAGCUGAUAGCAACUUUUCAAGAAUUUCAGGAGACAAGCAAUCACAUGGAUAAUGAGAAUGAAACCAAAAGUAAAAUAUGGCAGGAUGUAGCAUAUCUUACCAUGGAAAAUACGGAUCUAGAGGAAGAACUUGAUAAGAAGGACAGAUUAAUAAAGAAACUACAGGACCAGAUCAAGACUCUCAGGAAGUCAAUAGAAACAGCUAAUGAAGCACCCAUGCUAUCCACACCAAAGGAAUACAUUGGAAUGUUGCAGUACAGAAAUGAAGAUGAAGCAAAAAUAAUUCAGAAUCUGAUUCUUGAACUGAAGCCCCGUGGGGUUGUGGUAAAUAUGAUACCAGGCCUCCCAGCCCACAUUCUCUUCAUGUGUAUAAGAUAUGCAGAUUAUCUAAAUGAUGAUGGCAUGCUGAAAUCUUUCAUGAAUAUGACAAUCAAUGGCAUCAAGCAAGUAAUUAAGGAACAUGUUGAAGACUUUGAGAUGUUGUCAUUCUGGCUUUCAAAUACAUGCCACUUUCUCAACUGUCUGAAACAGUAUAGCGGUGAAGAGGAAUUCAUGAAGCAUAACACUCCACAACAAAACAAGAACAAUCUGAAGCACUUUGAUCUGUCGGAAUACAGGCAGGUUCUUAGUGACCUGGCCAUUAGGAUUUAUCAUCAAUUCAUUAUUGUAAUGGAGAACAAUAUUCAGCCAAUGAUAGUGCCAGGAAUGCUGGAGUAUGAAAGCCUCCAGGGGAUUUCAGGCUUAAAACCAACCGGAUUCCGCAAGCGCUCUUCCAGCAUAGACGACACAGAUGCCUACACUAUGACCUCCAUCCUGCAACAGCUCAGCUAUUUUUAUACCACAAUGUGUCAGAAUGGCUUGGACUCAGAGCUUCUAAAGCAGGCUGUGAAGCAGCUUUUCUUUCUGAUAGGAGCAGUCACCCUUAAUAGCCUCUUCCUACGCAAGGACAUGUGCUCUUGUCGCAAAGGGAUGCAGAUAAGGUGUAACAUCAGCUACCUGGAAGAAUGGCUGAAGGAUAAGAACCUUCAGAGCAGCUCUGCCAAAGAGACCUUGGAGCCUCUUUCCCAAGCAGCCUGGCUCCUCCAGGUCAAAAAGACUACAGACGAUGAUGCUAAAGAGAUCUAUGAACGUUGUACAUCUCUUUCUGCUGUUCAGAUAGUGAAAAUCCUCAACGCCUACACUCCCAUAGAUGACUUUGAGAAAAGAGUGACACCAUCAUUUGUUCGUAAAGUGCAGGCAAUGCUGAGCAACAGAGAGAAUUCUGCACAAUUGAUGCUAGAUACGAAAUACCUCUUUCAAGUGACAUUUCCUUUCACCCCUUCACCACAUGCUUUGGAAGCAAUACAAAUCCCCAGCAGUUUCAAACUUGGCUUUCUCACCAGAAUAUAACAAGAAAGAGUAGAUUGUAAAUUCACUCUGUGCUUGAAGAGUAAAAGAGUAUCAUUCAACUCUGUGCUCACGCAAAACUGUAAACUUUCUUAGUGUAAUAAUUAAUUUUGCCAAAGCAUUUGGAAAUCAGGUUGUCAGACGUGAAGGACUCCACAUUCUGUAUGGCACUCUAAGCAAUUAAAUCAUCUUCCUUCUCUUCUUUUAAGCGGGGUCUCGCUGUUGUUUUACAGGUACUCAGUGCUGAAACUAUGGCGCUGGACCGUUGGUAGUCCUCCAUUUUACAAAAUACUUUCCAUAAUGAAGGAUUAAUGCAUCCAUUCUUUGUAAAUUUUAAUCCAAUAUUUUAAACACUCUUGUACAUUUUCAUCAUGGUGUAUGUAUAUUUUUAAGAUGAAGUAGUAUUAGAUAUUUAAUAAAUUGUCCAUGAGAAAACAGGUAGCUAUUAAACUGUGCCAAUAUAUAUAUAUAUGUGUGUUGUAUCAGAUUAUUGUUACUUACUAUAUAAGUAACAUUUCACACUCAAACAUUUAGAGAAGA